AUGGUCAACACCCGCCGAACACGAACUAGGACUCGAACUGGAACAACACUAACAAAUGGAUCAUUUGAGCCUCCGACGAAAGGAAGAAAAUCUCGUGCCCUUAAAAGAGAUAUCAAAAACGAGAAACCUGCGGAGAUUAAAGCGCCGAGAAGAAUAAUUACCAGGGCAGCCAAGAGGAAAUUAGAGACAACACGAAAUGAAGAUGCAAAGGGGCCAUGUCCACCAAAAGCUAUUAAGACUCAGCAUAGUCGUCGAUCUAGAAGCCGAACUCCGAUUCCUGUAGAACAAGCCUAUCGUGUCGGCACGCGUUCGUGCUUCAAGCCAACAUCGUUCGCCGCUAACCGUGCCGUGACAAUCGUCAUCAAUUAUUCGCGACUCGACCAAUUUGGCGACAACGUGUGCAUCACACGUUGCCGUCGCCGCAACGCCGGCAUCUGA